AUGCCUCAAUGGACCGGAUCUCUAAGUAGCCAGAACGACAAUUCUCUGGCCGGCGUAUUCAUGAUUAAUGGCGAGCCAUGGGUGUUCGAGAAGAACGCGCGCGGUCAACCGGCGGCGCCAUUUCAACGGGCCCCUGCAGUCGUCAAUAUUCCCUGGAAGGAGCUCGACAGUAUCCGUCAGUCCCUACAGAGUCGGGAGCCUUUCACAGCGACUAUUAUGGGCUCUACACUGGAGAUUAUUUGGUCUAAUGGUGUGAGGAUCACUGCCAAUGUGCCCCAUUGUGACACAUAUGGUCACUUUUCGGGUGAGGGUGGUUGGCGGACGCAGUGA